AUGGUAUAUAAAUAUUUGAUGUUAAGCUAUGAAGAUUGUCAAAGCUAUUUGUUACUGAAAAAUAAAUGUUUUAAGGAUAAAAUUAAUAAUGAAAGAUAGAUAUAUUUAUUUGGCUUAGAAAUGCAUAGUGCGCAACUUUUAGUAAAGAUAAAUGUGAAAUAAAUUUAAGAAUUAAACCCCCAAAAAAAUAUAAUAUUAAUGAGUUUACUUAAAGCAAGUAAUGAUUAUUCUACUGAGUAAAAUCUUAAUUAUAACUAAAAAGAGAGAUCGUUUAGGAGUAGUAUAUAUCAUCAAUUAUUAAAAUGGGAUUUAGAAUUAGCAGAUUUGGGUGGGAUAAAAGAUUUACAAAAAAAUUAAAGGUUUUAAAAAAAGUAUUGCCAUUUCUGGGCCAAAAGAAUGGUCUACUAUAAUUUGUCAUGA